AACAUUGGAAAUUACAAUUUCUUUUAUUUCUACAGGGAUCCCACAGCUCAAUUUGCCACCUUUUGAUCCGUUUUUUGCUAAGCAAAUUAUCCAAAGCAGAGGGAGCAACAAUCUCAAUUACAAAUUGACUCUGCGCAACGUUUACGAAAGGGGAUGGACCGACUCAAUCGUCACCAAAUUUAAGAGUAAUCUCAAAAAAAGAUACAUCCAGUAUUCGCAGUUUUUCCCCGAGAAGUUCCUCGAAGGUGAAUACGAAUUCGGUGGGAAAAUAAUGGCCUCCAACAUGGAGAACAAGGGUGUUUGGAACUUGACGUUGUGUAAGUAAAGUUUAAUUCAAAAUAAACGCUUUUUACCUAGAAUCAAUAGCUUUACACAGUCACCAAAUUGGAUUCAUUCAAAUACAUGUCACCUGGAAUGUUUUCAAUUUAA